AUGAAAGGUCCCAUCCCUACAGUCUCCACCAUUCAUGCAGACCCACCAUCUUCCCCACGCUAUCCACCACCUGUAUCAACUCCUACCUCAGGAGCCCAACGCCGCAUCGGAAUAGCCGUUGAUCUUAGCGACGAGAGUGCCUUUGCCGUUCAAUGGGCUGUUAAGAACUAUGUCCGUCGAGGUGACUCCGUCAUCCUCCUUCACGUUCGCCCCACAUCCGUCCUCUACGGUGCUGAUUGGGGGCAUGCAACAGACGCCACAUCACACUCGGUAGAAUCACAGAAGAAACUGGAAGACGAUUACGAUAAAUUCACCAACACCAAAACCACCAACCUGUCUCAGCCACUGGUGGAGGCUCAUGUUCCGUUCAAGAUUCAUAUUGUGAAGGAUCAUGAUUUGAAAGAGAGGCUUUGUUUGGAGGUAGAGAGGCUGGGGUUGAGCGCCAUGAUCAUGGGGAGUAGAGGAUUUGGGGCUGUGAAACGGACGGCGAAGGGGCGGCUUGGAAGUGUUAGUGAUUAUUGUGUACGCCAUUGUGUUUGCCCUGUUGUGGUGGUAAGGUAUUCUGAUGAAAAAGACGAUGGUGGUGAAGGUGGCGGUGGUGCAACCAAGGACGAUGCAGAAUUUCACGACGCCAAAGAUCAUCAUAACGGUAACUGA